AUGCCUCACGCAAUUGAAACAAAAACCAAUGGAGACCCACCCUACUUUGAGAUGACGUUGAGAGAAUCCCUCAUUGCACGGCACUCAAGCCGUGCUUUUCUUCCGACUCCAGUCCCAAAAUCCAUCUUACAAUCCACUCUCGACCUCGCUCGCUUCGCCCCCUCAAAUUCAAACAUCCAACCCCAUCUCGUUUUCGUUCUCACGAGCGAAUCGCUGGAGAAUCUCAGAACUAAGUUAUACACUGCUGCAUCGGAAUCCACUCCCAAUAUCCCACCACUUCCUGUCGGAUAUACCCACUACCGCUCUGAAGUUGGCCGCCAACUCUAUGGCGAAGGGAUGGGUAUUCCACGAUCCGACUCUAAAGCUCGCAAUGCAGCUGUCCUCCGCAAUUAUCGAUUCUUUGAUGCACCAGUAGGGGCGAUAGUAUGUAUCGAUAAAACCCUGACGAAUGCAGAUAGAGUCAGUGUUGGUAUGUGGUUACAGAGUUGGUUAUUGGCGCUUACGGAGAGAGGAGUGGGCUCUUGUGUGCAGAUUUGUCAGACAGGAUAUCCAGAGUUGGUGAGGAGGGAAUGCGGGAUUACUGAUAAUCUAGAGAUCUUGGUAGCGGUAUCGAUCGGAUACGAAGAUCCGGAUUUCAGGGCCAACGGGCUGAGGCCAACGAGGGAUGAAUCUACCAAACACGUUACCUUUAUGGAAUAG